AUGAGCGAUAAAGUUGCGAUUAUUUUGGGCUACGGACCGAGAGUUGGAGUAGAUGUUGCAAAGGCGCUUGCAGAAAAUGGAUUCAAAGUUGCUGUUGUCUCACGUUCUGGAAAGCUGUCAGAGAGCGCAGUAAACUAUCUCCAGUUUCAAGCAAAUCUUGCAGACCCUAACUCUCUUGAAGAUGUCUUUGCCAAAGUCAUUAGAGAACUCGGUCAUCCCAGUGUCGUAGUUUAUAAUGCUGCUUCUAUGCAAAUGAAUUUUUCCAGCUCCCCGGCGGAUCAAAUUGCACAAUUUCAAGCGGAUAACAAUGUGAAUAUUGUAUCCGCUUACGCUGCUGCGCAGUUGGCGGUACGCUCUUUCACAGUUCUACCGAAAGAAAUGUCAAAAACAUUUAUAUACACCGGCAACAAGCUUCCGUUCAUGAUAGUCCUGCCGCUUCUCAGUAUAGGGGUAGGCAAAGCCGGAGCAGCUCAUCUGAUCCACUACCUGUCGGAAGAGUACAAAGACCAGAAUUAUAAAUUUUAUUUUGCGGAUGAGCGCAAGGAAGAUGGAUCACCCGUAUACGGUGACAUAGACGGUUCUGCCCACGCAGAGUUUUACUUGCAGCUAAUCAAAGGUAAAACCCAGAUACAGGGUGCUUGGAAUGCAACCUUUGUGAAAGGAAAGGGUUAUGUACGCUUCCCAGAAACUGUAAUUCAAGAGGCCGUUGAUAUGACUCCAAAGGUGCCAAAGGAACAAUAG